AUGGCUUCUUGUAUCUACUUCUGUGACAACAAGGGAAAGGUAAUACUAUCUCGGCGCUAUCGAGAUGAUGUUCCGCCGUCAGCCAUAGAGAAGUUUCCGUCGCUACUUUUAGAAGCAGAGCAGGAAUCUAGCAUAGUUCCACCAUGUUUGACACAUAACGGCGUCCAGUACCUGUUCAUCCAGCAUAACGACAUAUAUGUGUUGACAAUGAGUAGAUCCCUAUCUAUCAACGUUGCGCAAGUGUUUUCUUUUCUCUACAAGCUCGUUGAAGUAUUGGCUGAGUAUGUCAAAACUGUGGAAGAAGAGUCCAUUCGAGACAACUUUGUGAUCAUUUAUGAGCUGCUCGACGAAAUGCUAGACUAUGGUAUUCCUCAGAUUACGGAAACCAAAAUGCUGAAGCAGUACAUCACUCAGAAAUCCUACAAGCUAAUCAAAUCGGCCAAGAAGUCGAAGAAUGUCAUUAGACCGCCAUCUCAAUUGACUAAGUCGGUGAGCUGGAGACCCGAAGGAAUCACUUACAAAAAGAACGAGGCCUUCUUGGAUGUCACUGAGUCCAUAAACAUGCUCAUAACCGCCAGCGGUCAGGUUUUGAGGUCAGAAAUACUGGGGAAGGUCAACGUUCGGUCUCGUUUGUCUGGAAUGCCUGAUUUAAAACUCGGGCUCAAUGAUAAGGGAAUAUUUACCAGCGUUGAGAGCGCUAGCAGUUCAGAAGCAACUGAAGGCAAAAAGUCCAACAUAGAGCUGGAAGAUCUCAAGUUUCACCAAUGUGUUAGGCUGAGCAAAUUCGAAAACGAAAAGAUUAUAACUUUUAUACCACCUGAUGGAGACUUUGAACUGAUGAACUACAGGCUAUCUACUCCUAUCAAACCCCUUAUUUGGUGCGAUGCCAAAAUUCAGGUGCACUCGCAGUCUAGAAUUGAAAUACACUGCCGAGCAAAAGCCCAAAUCAAGAAGAAGUCCACGGCUAAUAAUGUGGAAAUUUUAAUACCUGUCCCCGAGGACGCAGACUCUCCGAAGUUCAGGUACUCACAUGGUUCGUUGAAGUACGUUCCUGAGAAGAGUGCAAUUCUAUGGAAAAUCAAGACUUUCAAUGGGGGUAAGGAGUACUCUUUCGCAGCGCAGCUUGGUCUGCCUUCAAUGACGGACGCAGAAGUGCCAAGGGCGAAACGGCCAAUUCAAGUCAAGUUUCAAAUACCUUACUUCACGACCUCGGGAAUCCAGGUCCGCUACCUGAAGAUAAAUGAACCCAAACUUCAAUACCAGAGCUAUCCUUGGGUCCGGUACAUAACCCAAAGCGGAGAUGACUACACUAUCAGGACAGCAUGA